AUGGACAAACUUGGAGCAAUCAAAAGGAGAAGUAAGGUUAAGAGGAAAGAAGGUGAAUUUCACUGGGAAAGUAUACUUCUCUUCACAUUCCAUCACUUAACGUUAUAUAAUGGUUAUAUAAUCCACCCCAGUUUUUCGGAGGAUUUUGGGGUAUUUUCCGGCUCCGCCUGGAAAUGCUUACAAUUAUCACCUGAUCCAGAUUAUGAAAUGAUGCGAAAUGAAAAUCGAGAAGAUACGAAAAAAAAACAAAAACAGAAAGAGGAAGACAAGGAGGGGAAUGUACGUGCGGUAUGGGAAGAACAUGGCAUGUGUGACUAA